CGUUUUCAGUCGCUUCGUGAAACCCGCCGCACUCACAUCGAAAUCGCGCGCAAGUCGGAUCGAAAUCGCCUCAAAACCGAAUCGCACAUCGCACUGGGAAACAAAAAUAUCAACUACUUAUUAAUUGCGAGGCCGAAUCAAAUCGAUUUCCCUGUCUGCGUACAGAGCAGUACCCGGUGUCGAGCCAAAAAACAAAUAAAUAAAAUAAUAUUAGAAGAAAGUAUAAUAUAUUGCUGUCAAAAUGCCUAAGCCGCUGCUUAACUCCUGCUGCCUGUGUCAGUCGACACGAAAUGGCUCCGUUAUUUCGGGCAUCCUGGCGAUCGUCCUGUCGAUUAUUACCAUCGUGCUUAUCUUUACGACAAAAGUGGCUUUUAGGACGAUCCUGUUUGUCUCUAUCUCCAGCGAAGUCGUAAGGAUAAUACUCGUUCUUAACUUGAUCAUGACUAUUUUGAUAUCACUGCUGAUGAUUGUGGGAGUUCUUAAGCGCAAUCACUAUCUAAUGGUUCCCUGGGUGGUUCUGGGCAUCAUGAUUGCCAUCGGUCUGCUGAUCUCGGUCAUCUACACGGCCGUUGUGCUCUUCAUCGACGAAUAUGUGCUGACUGGCGUCCUCUUUCUGAUCUUCGGCCUAAUUUGUUGCGCGGUUCUCACCUACUGUUGGUGCGUGGUCUACAGCGAAUAUGCCAACCUGUCAGAGGAGAACGAGCGCGGGCGCUACAACAAACAGCCGUACCGCCGCUAAGGAUCCCCAGGAUAACUAUUCAUCAGCAUUUGCAUUCUAGAAGCAGACUCUCACCCCCACACACCUUCAUCCUAGCUUCUUAUGUUCGUUUUUAGUAAUUAUGGCUAACUAAUAAUUGUAAUUUAGUUGAGGCGCGCCAGCCCUUCGCUCACAUCGAAUUUACGCGGCCCGCGGCAGUAAGUGCAAUGGAAUUAUGUAUUUAACAUUUAAAUAAAACUUUAAUCCAGAUAUUUUGUGAAUUUAUGUUGUAAUUUGUACGUAAUACUUGUAAUUGUGAAUGAGGAGAUCAUGAACCGAAAAAGAUUAACACGUGGAAAAUAAAAUCAAACUGUUUAUUUAUCAACCGUUUGAGAGCACGA